AAAAACAAAAUUCCAACAAUUAAAAGGGAAUAAAGAAACAAAGGUCCAUAGCUUACGGGUAAAGUGUAAAAUCACCGGAGAGUUAGAGAGAGCGGUAAAAGACGCAGAGACGCAGAGAGGGGCAAAGAAACUAAGGUUAGAGUGAGUCCUUCAACCUCGUGAAUAUGCCUUGAAUUUCGGAGCUGUCCAUUUCAAACGCUAAGCCACCAUGGAAUACGCUGCUGUUGGCCCAGUAGCUGGAAAAUUUGGGGUAUAUGCAGCUGAAAAAGUUGAAAAGAAAUUUGGUUACUUCAAAGACUACAAGACCAAUGUAAAGAACUUGAAAAAGGAAGUUCAGAAUCUCCAGGAUAAGAAAAAAAGGGUGCAACGACAAAUUGAUGCCGCAAUAAGCAACUUAGAAAUCAUUGAAGAUGAUGUUCAAAAUUGGGUUGGACAAGUGGAUGAAAUCACAUCAGACACUGAUAAAUUUUUGGAAGCUGAUCAAGAGAAAGCCAAUCACAGGUGCUUCAAUGGGUGGUGUAUUAACUUGUGGGCACGGUACAAGUUUGGUAAAGAAGCAUUCAAGAAAGCCAGAGAAAUUGAAAAGCUCCAAGAAAAAGCCAACUUCGAAACUGUGUCAUACACUACUCCUUUGCCGGAAAUAGAGUCAUCUUCCUCAACCAAAAAUUUCACAGCGUUUGAAUCCAGGAAGUCACUGGUGAAGGGAAUUAUGGAGGCUCUAGAUGAUGAGAACACCAGCGUGAUCGGGAUAUGUGGGAUGGGAGGCGUUGGUAAGACAACAAUAGUGGAAGAAGUUUGCAGACAAGCUAAAGCAGAGAAGAAAUUUGAUAAGGUUGUAAUGGUGGUCGUGUCACAAACUCCAAACGUGGUGAAGAUCCAAGGAAAAAUAGCCCACGAAUUAAACCUGGUUCUUGAAACUAGGGAUGAGUCGGAGAGACCGCAAGCAUUGUGGGCGAGAAUCAAGGCAGAGAAGAAGAUUUUGGUAGUACUGGACGAUAUUUGGGACAAACUUGACCUGAUUGAGAAGGUUGGUAUUCCUUUCGGGGAGGACCAUAAGGGUUGCAAGAUCCUGCUUACCUCUCGAAGAAAAGAUGUCUACAACAAAAUGAAUGCUCAAAAGAUUUUCUCCAUAGAGGUGUUAGAUGAAGAAGAAGCAUGGAUACUUUUCAGUGGGACAGCAGGUGAAAUUGUUGACUCUACUGAUUUGAAUCCUAUAGCCAGAGAGGUGGCUAGGGAAUGUGGUGGCUUGCCAAUUGCCAUUGUAACAGUUGGAAGAGCUCUCAUGAAAAAUCAAAGCAAGGACGUGUGGAUUGAUGCAGCUCGACGGCUAAAAAAGUCUGUCCCAACAAAAAUUGAAGGAAUGGAAGCAUAUGUAUAUUCUUCUCUAAAGUUGAGUUACAAUUAUUUAGAAAGCGAGGCAAAGUCAUGCUUCUUACUCUGCAGCUUGUUUCCAGAGGAUACUGACAUUCCUAUGAUGGCAUUGGUGAGAUACGGGAUAGGCCUCAGGUUGUUUCAAGAUGUGGACACUAUAGAAGAUGGUAGACACAGAGCACUUGCUCUUUUGAGUACUCUCGUAUCAUCUUUUAUGUUAUUGGAAAUUGAUGGAAAAAUUAAGAUGCAUGAUGUUGUCCGAGACUUUGCAAUACAUGUUGCUUGUAAAGAAGAGGCCAAGCAUAUCGUGAAAGCUGGUAUUGGACUACCAUACUGGCCAGACAAUGAUACUACAUUUCAAAAUUACACGAGGAUCUCGUUGAUGGAGAAUAAUAUUUGUGAACUUCCGGAUGGGCUAGAAUUCCCAAAACUAGAGAUUUUAUUGCUACAAUGGAAUUCAUAUAGAUCUCAAAUGCAAAUUCCUAACAAUUUCUUUCGAGGAAUGAAUGAUCUUAAAGUCUUAGAUAUGAGUGGCAAUAUUAUGUUUGCUGUGCCUCCAUCUAUUCAAUUGCUCACUACACUUCAAACACUCUGCCUUGAUUAUUGCCAGUUGGGUGAUGAUAUAUCAAUAAUUGGAACACUAAAAGGGCUCGAGAUUCUUAGUCUUUAUCGAUCUAAUAUUAAAGAGGUCCCGAGGCAUUUCACCCAAUUAACUCACCUCAAGUUAUUUGAUUUGAGAUUUUGUCAUGAUCUCACCCAAAUAUCGCCAGGUGUCAUAUCGAGUCUUCAUAAAUUAGAAGAGUUGUACAUCGGAACAGCUUUUACUCAUUGGGCAGUUGAAGGAGAAGACAAUUCAAGAAACAAUGUUAGCCUUUCAGAGCUAAAAUCCUUGUCUCAAUUAACCAGUUUGUGUCUUUCAGUCCCAAAUGCCAACAUGAUUCCCGAUGACUUGAGAUUUGAAAAGCUGAUAAGGUUUGAGAUAACAAUAGGCACAAUUGCCUAUGGUGGAGAAUCAUUCCAGAAAACCUUGAGGCUCACAUACGAUACGAGAUUGUGCGGGCCGGUAAAGGUUUUGCUAAAAAGAUCAGAAUUCCUACUUUUAAGAGAUUGCAAAGGUUUGAAGAAUAUUCUAGAGGACCUAGACCGUGACGGUUUUGAUCAAUCGAAGUCUUUGGACCUCCACUUUUGCCAUGAAAUGAAAUAUCUCCUAGACAUGAUUGAUGGAGCUCCAAGAGUAUCAGCUCCCUUCCGCAAUUUAGAAGAAUUGACGGUUUGUUGUCUUGCCAAUUUCAGUGAAAUAUGCCAUGGCCAACUCCCAAAUGAGUCAUUCAGUAACUUGAGAUCUGUCAAUUUGUCUUUUUGUCCCCAGUUAGGACUAUUAUUUCCACCGUCACUGAUACGACGGCUUGUCUACCUCCAGCGUCUGGAGCUCCAUUAUUGCAGUAAUCUAGAGGAAAUCUUUGCAAUGGAAGGGAAAGAACAAAUAGGAAAGAGUCUCAGCACAAGUGCCUACUUGCAAAGCUUGACUGAUGUUACUUUCUGCGAAUGUGAUAGGUUAAGAAACAUUUUCUCCGUCACCAUUGCUAAAGGUCUAGUGCAACUCAAACAACUCUAUAUAAGACGUUGUGCAAUGGUGGAAGCAGUAGUCGAAGAUGAGAAAGGAGAGGAAACAGUAUUAUCAAUUGAUAAGAUUGUGUUCCCUCACCUGUAUGAGAUACAUCUUGAAAAAUUGGACAGUCUCACUUGUUUCUUCACAGGUUGUUAUGCUGUCGAAUUUCCAUUAUUGGAAGAAUUGCUGAUAUAUGAUUGUCCCAAAAUGGAGACUUUUGGUCAUGGUGUUCAAAUGACACCCAACCUGCAGAAAGUGUAUGGUGAAUAUGAUGAUGAAAGGAUUUGGAUGGGUGACCUCAAUGCCACUGUCCAACACAUCUUCAACCGAAAGGCAGAGUCUUCAGAACAUGGUACCCAAUCGCCCCAUCUCCACAUCCUACCUAUUUGAGUUAUUGUAUACUUGGCACCUAUCAGUGGGAGUUUGUUCGCGGUUUCUGGAGGCGAUAUAUGUAUGAUGCGAAUUUAUUGCUGGAAGUCAUUGUUCCAUUCUAUACAUCUUCCUUGGCGUGUGGUGGGACAUUGCUUUGGGCAUAAUUAGCAUGAUAUUUGCUGCUACCUAGAAAUUUUAGGUCAAUACAUAAACAUAGGCAGAAAAAAUAGUGUGUUGCUUAAUGUAUAUUCCAUACUUGUAUUUGUAUAUUUGCUGCCAUGGAUAUUAGUUCUGUAUGUAUUGUAUGUACUGCGAUGAGUGUUUUUUGGUACUAAUAAAUUUAUCUUGUGGUGUGGUGUGGUGUGGUGUGAACAUGGUAUUUUUAUUUGAGAGAAGGAAUAGACAUGCAGGAAAUAAAUACUCUGAAUUUAUUUUUAAAUACAAUGUCUGAAAUUUAUUGACACUACUCAAUAAGAAAACAGAAUAUAAUUACA